GUCAAUCCAUACAACUUGUCUCUGACCGUGAGUAAGACCUUUUGCAGAUCAGGGCCAUCAAUCGAAUCUUCGCAAUUUGUCUCAAUGUCUGUGUGUCUGUCGCAUCAGCUGACCCAAUUGUCAUUUUCUUCCGACUCGAUCAGAUGCCUCGUAUUCCCGUCAGGACUACACCCUAUCACACUCUGCCGCGGUGCACGAGACAUUACAAGUCGAAACGUGAUCUGAUCCUUCGAGCACUCGGCAAAGCAUCAUUCAUCAAUGGAUCUCAAUUCGUCAUUGCUUGGAUAUCACCCAAGGGCGAAGUCGAUGUCUAUGCGUCUGAAUUACUCCAAACAUCCGUCUCCAACAAGGAGGGCGGUAUCCUGUGUCGUAAAGAGCUCGAUCGUGAAGCGACGAGGGUCAAAGGGGAGAUGGGUCGUCGAUGGGAGGACAUUCGUCGUUUAGAAGAAAGCGGUGAAGCCCCCAGUAUGGAAGACGACGAGGCCCAAGAUGAAACCUUUGAAGAGGACGAUAUGGACGUGGACCCAGAUAGGACCAUGGUCGACGAUGAUGAUUCGAUGAAGAAGACUCUCCAAGGGUUGGGAUUGACCGCACCGCGACCCAACACGCCUGCGUCCUCGAUGCACACCCUCACAUUAGCUCCAGACGCGACCGAGAACUAUUACACGUCUCGUUUUGCAGCUCUUCAACAGGCGACUUGUAAACUCGUGGUCAAGGCUUGGAUCAAGGUCAUCGAGCCUAAAAAGCAGAUGAAAUUCCCGUACAACAAGGGCGAGGAGCUCAAACCGCUUUGGUGGCCUGAGGGAGUUCGACAUCGCGAACCGGAUCAUUUGAGCAAGACUGAACGUCUCACGCUGUUGACCAGUAUUGUGCGGUCGCCAUUGGUCACUGUCUCCCGACUCGAACUCUCCACCGCUGAAGCUGCUGCCUUUAUCUCACGGCCUAGGCUUGCGGUCCUCCGAGAAGUUUACCUCGUAGCGAAGGAGGAAGAGAGAAAGAGGAAAGAGGGUGACUUAUCACCGGAUCUGGUCGUACAACUGCCCAACAUUCCCAUCUCCCCAUCGGACGUAUCUCCAGAAGCUAGCUCUGAAAAGCGAAGUCACGCUCAAUUCGAAGCGAGCAUAUCAAUGGCCGAUAAAGAGAACGUCCCUUCAGUCGUCCACCAAAAACGACUCAAAACCCAACCCUUGCCUCGACUGGCCCCACUUGUCGCGUCACAAUCCAAUACUAGCUUCUUUGAACAGCCUGCAUUCUACGCUCAGAACGUUCAACCCUAUCUCUCACCGUAUCCUUCCGAGUUUGGCUAUGCUGGAUCCGAUUAUGGACGAUCACCGAAUCCAGAAAUGGGCAUGAUUGAUCGAUCAACUUACCCCUCUCAUCCUGGUCAUCUCGCACCGCUCUUGAAUCACUCCCAUACACAUUCUCCUGUCGACUCUCCAGCCUUCCCUCAGAGCGCAACAUUGGCGCCACCAAAUUCUGCUUCUGCGUUCUACACGCGAGGCAGCAAUGGACCGAGUUAUAUGCAACAACAGCAGGUUGAGUACCUGCAAAGUCAUGCCCCAGGAUACGACUAUGGUUCACCGUAUUUGGCGGACAAUGCGUGGGAGGGAAGCUUUGCUCAACCAGUCUAGACAUACAUGCUGUUGUACAUAA